AUGAAAAGUGUAGGAAGUAAAGUUACUAAAUUGAUAGGAAAGAUAUUAUGUAAAAACGAAAAGAAAAAUAGAAGAAGAAAAAAUAAUAAGACGAAAGAUUGUUCAUUAUUUUUUAUAAUAAAAAAACAAAGUUGUCCAUUGUUAUAUAUUAUUUUGUCCAUAUUAUAUAUAACAUAUUGUAUGGAAUGUAUUGUAUGUAUGAAAUUAUCGAAGAAUGACAAUUGCUUAAAUAGAAAUAAAUAUUUUUUUCUUGAAUAUAAAUUAAAUAAUGAUUAUUAUGGAAAGAAAAGUUAUGUAAAUAAUAUAAGAAAACAUAUUUCAAAAAAAGAUAAUGUUAUUAAUAAUCACAAAAAUUUUAAAUUAAAAAGUUCAAAGGUUGAUGAAAUUAUAGAAAGUUUAAAAAAUUUAACUUUACUAGAAGCUAGUGAAUUAGUCAAAAAAAUUGAACUAACAUUUUCUGUAGAUACAAAACAAAAUUUAAAUGCAUCUAAUUCUAGUGGACAAGAAAAUAAACAAAAUGAAUCUGAUGGAAAAGAAAAUGAAGAAGAUGAAGAAAAUAAGGUAUAUGAUUUAAUACUGGAAAAUAUAGAACCUAACAAAAAAAUACCCAUCAUAAAAAUCGUUAAAGAAAUAAAAAAAGAUCUUAAUUUAAAACAAGCAAAGGAUUUAGUUGAUAAUUUGCCACAAACACUUUUUGAAAAAGUUAACAAAGAAACUGCAGAUAAAUGGAAAACAAAAUUGACAGAAGCAGGGGGUAUAGUAAAAUUGAAAUAA